AUGCCAGCCGGAUAUAAGCAUGGGGACACCCCCAAGAAGGCCAUGGUUCGAGGCACCAUCUCGUACCUCGAGUCCCAGGGCCUCCCCGUCAACAAGUCAGCCAUCUUCAGGCACUUUGACCUGUCUCGCUCUCAGGGUUACGCCGCGCUGAGUGUCCCCGCGUCCAAGCGCAAUGACCCCGAAUGGGAGGAGACGCGCGGAAGACCCCUCAAGAUCUCCGAAGAGGAUCAGCAAAAGAUGGAGAAGAUCCUGUGGGACGACAACUAUGUCAACGUGAACCUGAACUGGCACGGCCUGGCCAAGGAGGCUGGUGUCGAGGUCGACGUGAACCCAAGGACCCUGCACAGGACUAUGGGUACGCUCGGCUACCGACGAUGUCUGCUAUGCCCACGCACCUGGGUGCACAAGAAGGCUCGUGAGAAGCGAGUUGAAUAUGCCCGGCGCAUGCUGGAGGCGUACCCGCAGCCCGAAGACUGGCGAGCUGUCCGAUUCAGUAUAGAGCUGCACUUUGGAUUCGGCCUCGAUGGAAAGAUGCGUCUCAUCCCUCGACCCGGCGAGCGAGUUUGCGACGGCUGCACCACUAAACCCGAGGCUGAUUGGCCACGCGACUUGCGAAAGGCCCAUGCUUGGGUUGCCGUGGGCUAUGGAUUCAAGAGCGACACCGUCUUCUACGAAGACUCAACAAGCCCCAAUUGUACGGGUGUCAUGACCAUGCAGGAGUACAAGGACCACAUCCUCGAAAAGACAGUCAAGCCAUGGCUCAACAGCACCGGCCCGCAGAGCUUCAUUCUCGAGGAGGACUGUGAGGCCUUUGCCCACGGCGCUGCGAGCAAGGUCAACUUGGUCCAGCAGUGGAAGGACGAGCACAAUCUGCGAUACUACUACAACUGCGGCGACAGCCCCGACCUGAGCCCCCUCGACACUCUCUGGCCUGCGUACAAGCAGUGGACGAUGGAGUCACCCAAGGACUGGGAGGACGAGACGCUCCAGAAGAUGGUUCGCGACGCGUGGGCAACCUUUGACAUGGAGCGGCUCAACAUGUGGGUCAACUUUAUGCCGCAGCGACUGAAGUCUGUGAUCGAUACCGACGGCGCACUGGUACCUUGGUAG